AUGUUUGCAAAUACUGUCAAGUCUGACGGAUUUUCAGUUGAUUUUGUAUUCAACAAAAGGACAACAAAAGAUACCUCUUUAAUAGCAAACAUUGAUUUAAAGCUUGAAGAUUUUGGCUUGGAAGAAGCAAAGCAAGCCUACCAGCCCAUGUUUCUAGAUCCUGGGAGAAAAAGCGUGUUCACUGCUGCAAUUGGUUUAGAUACAGCCAACCAUCAAAUAAGACGCUGCUCAACAGCAGAGUAUUAUCACAGGACCGGAUCAACAAAGUACAUUAAAAAGCUAGAAAGGUUUAAGGCUCAAAAAGGCAUAAAAACAAUUGAGACUAAUAUAUCCUCUCCUAAAACAUCACAAUGCGCUGCUUACCUCCUCUAUAUUGAGUACAUUCUUACCCAUGUUGGUGUCUUAUUUACAUUUUAUGAUUACAAAACAGCAAAAGAUCGUUUUUACUUGUAUCAAUGCAGACAAAGAGCGGCAGAAGAAAUGGUAAACAUGCUUGUACAUGGAGGCGCCAAGUAUAAUAAGAAUAAAAGAAAGAAGAGAAACAGGAAGAAAAAAGAAGCAAGAAGAGGCAAAAACAGACGGCAAAUCCAAAAGAAAAAGAGAAACAAAUUACCAAAAACAGGUAUAAGCCAAAAGUGGAAGCCCGCAAAGUUCCAAACGGAAAGGGAGAAAGUGCCCCUUGUAGUCUUUGGUGCGGGAAUGUUUGGCAAAGACUCGAUAAAGCUGAAUGGAAACAGAUGUGGUGCCACUGGUGUUUUUUGGCGAGCGCUAAAAAGAAGAGAGACAGCUGGAGAUCUCAUCGCCGUUACAAUUGAUGAAUACAAGACUUCCAAAGUUUGCAAUGCGUGUAAUAAUGAUCCCCUCACGAGUAUGUCCGGCUUGAAAGGCUGUAGUGUUCAGAUCUGCAGUAUCUGCAAGACACUAUGGCAACGAGAUAUCAACGCGUGCAAGAAUAUGCUGUCCAUUCCCCUUUCGAUUUGGGAUGGAAGAGGUCGACCUUUCCAGCAAAGCAGAAAUUAA